ACCAUCACCAUCGACCUCCUGCCUAUCUACGACUACUCUGCCUGGUCUGAUCCAGUGCAAAAUCUGAGGAAAAAGGAGAGGUGCUGGGUGUCUGACUUUAAGCAUCUGUUUCUGAAGUGUCUGGAGAGCGGCGAUGGACAUCAGUACAUGAACGGCUCUCCUCCAGGGGAUGACCAGCAUCCUCUGCCAAAGGACUACAUGAUGGAGUCCCUGCUGGUGACAAUCUUCUGCUGCCUCAUGAGUGGCCUCUUCGCCUUGAUGUACUCAUAUGAGACCCGUGCUGCCCUGGCCAGAGGAGAUAUGAGGGAGGCAGAGAGAGCUUCCCAGAAGGCCCGUCUGCUGGUCCUCUUCAGCCUGAUGUUUGGAGUGUUUGUUUGUGUGGCCUGGGUCAUAUAUGUAGUGAUAGCCAUCUGUGCAUAGCUGACAUCAUGUGUAAUGUUUGUAUACUUGAUACCUUGUAUCAGGGAACAUUUUAUAGUGUACUGGUAGAGGAACACAACUGAUAUGAUAUAUAAAAAGAUACGUAAACAUGUACCACAGAAAACAUCUGAAAAGUUUUCAUAUCUUGGUAUUUUAUAAAACACCAUUUAUAAAUGACAAGAGUAUUUUUUACAUAAUCCACCCAUUUCAGUACACUAAAAGUAGAGGAACAAAUUCAUAAGACAUCCAAAUAAACCAAUUAUUAUUCGUUUUUUAAUAUCUUUUGCCUGGAAUUACUACAUUAAGUCUGUUAAUUACUUCCUGACACAACCAGUUGCUGCUGAUCCCCGGCCAGGCCUAAACUGUAGCCAGAUUGUGGUUUGUUUUGAGGAUUUUUGACCUUCAAUCUGAUCUUCAGCAAAUUAUUGAUGUAGAACUGGAUUUAAAUCUAGAGUAGUGUUUCCCAAUCCUGGUCCUGGGGACCCAGAAGGGUGCACAUUUCUUGUUUUUGCCCUAAGACUCACACCUGUUUCAAAUGUUGCCCUACCACUUACACAAUUGAUUGAUGUAAUCAACCUAUAAUCAAGUCUUAAGAUCAAAUAUAGAUCUAGAUCAAAUACCAUUUGGCAUGAAUUCUGUAUACAAAGGAUGAUAAUAAAUAAGAGACUCAGAGAUCAGAAAGACUUAUUUCCUCAUUAGUCGUUCAUCUUCCAUUGUUCCUUCAAGUGAUCCAAAACGCCAAAAGCGCCAUGGAUCAUCGUUAAUUUCAUUCAUCUUUCCUUCCGGUGAAGGAGAUUUGAAGAUCCAAAAUAACCAGAAAAAGAACAAAUCACCUACUGAGGAACUAAUCUUUUGCGAACGACCCAUUACUAUGUGGUGCUGAGAUCACCAGUGCUCAUAAUGGUUUGGGGGUCUUUCACUAAUGCCUAAUGUUGACAGACACCACAUUUGAACUUUUGGACAUAAAAGCGUCCCUGUCCUCAAUACCUUCAUAUGCAAAGGUAUUGCAUAUGAAAAGUAACUCAUUAGGAGUGUGUUAAAACGGGUAUCUUUACGGAUAUCAGGAUUUUGCCUGGUAGGAUUAUGAAUCGAUUAUUAAAUAUCAUUGAGGUUCCACAUUCACAAUUCGGUGAGGUUUCCACUCGCCUUUUUCCGGUAAUACUUAAUUACUAAUGCCUUAUCGAAUACGUUUGCAGUCAUGUGAUGAUCUGGCCAGGUGUCUGUGAAGGGUAAAGGGAGGAAAAGGGUGGCGGUAGCAGUAGGUACAGAUGAACAAACGAGGUUGUUAAAAUGUAGGUUAUUUGUAGCGAAGGGUAGAAAAACGCUUUCCAAAACACAGAGACAAUCGGAACAUUUACUGAAUAGUGACAUCUGGUGUUUAGAAAUGAAAAUCUGAUGUUAAACGUUCAUAGAGACCCAGCUUCUCACAUACCGUCGAAAAAUGUUUUGAUUUGUGUGCCUGCAUUGCAAAGGGACAUUUUAAAUGUGGGGUUCGUAUCCUACGUUUCUCUUGCCUUUCCUGUGUUGUAUCCAUGAACAACUUGGAUGAUAAAGGUGUGUGAAUGAGAAUUGUUUCAUAUGAUGCACUGAGUGAAACAAAUGAUUUGAAAACAAUAAACAGUGGUGUUGGA